GGGCGGUGAUGUCAAGGCGGCGCGGCGCCGCCCCCUGCCGGCCCGGCGCAGCGCGGCGCGGCGGCGGGGCAGAGCGCAGCGGAGCGCGGCGAGGCCGGAGCGAGGUGGCGGCGGGUGAGAGGCGGUCCCGGAGAGUGACAUGUGCGUCUGAGGGCCGGCGAGUGCCAGCGCCCGCCCCGCGGCCCGCUCCGCUCGGCCGGUAACCCGACCUGGGGGCUCGCUGUUACUUACAUAAGGGCUGUGGUUGCCUCGUGCUGUAAGGUGAGGAAUUUCCUCCGGGAGGAGGAGGAGGGGGGCUCGGCGCUGACACUCGGAGCUUGCUGGUGUCCUGCCUUUCCUGGCAGAGUGCGAACAGGCUGCAGCAGAGCAAAACCCCCCAAGAGCUGACUGAGGUUCUGCGGAAGGAAAGCACCGCUGGAGAAGGGGACAAAGCCCUGGUAGAGGAAGAGUUUUUCUGGACUGUAUCCUUUCUAGAAGCCAGUUUUUAGGCUCCUGUUUUAUUCUUUGCUUUGUUUGUUUUUCCCUCUGCCUGACUGUGCUCCGUAACAGCAGUCCUGCUGCUGGGAGAAGACUCUGAAAGAUGCACUGAACUGUUGCACAAUAGCGAGGAAAAGCUUGGAUGCUGUCUCGGCAGCUGCUGUAACUCACCGUGCCGGAGAGGAGGAGAACUAGAGUGAAUUCACUGUAGUUCCCGGCUCCACCCGUGUUCCCUGCUCGCUCAGUGGUUGGUGUCCCUCAUUCCUGGACCGUGCUUGAUGGGGAUCUCUGCCGCGGGAGCAGUCUCUGCACUCACAGGCAAGCGAGCAGGGAUAGAAGAGGUGGCCUCUAGAUGCUGGAAAGGCCAUUUGUAUAAGCUCCUGGCAGAAGGUCUCUUCUGGCACAGCUGCUGGCUGUAGGCUCUAGGCCCACCAAGCCAAGGGUCAGGACAGCCUCUGUGCAGCAUGUCUUCCAAGCCGGAGCAGAAGGAGGCCCACCAGGCCAACGGGGCUGUGCUGCCCGUUGUGCCUGUGGACUGCCGCGCCGGUCCGGACCGGACGCAGCGGGUGGAGCCCUUGGAGUUCCUGGGAUCUGACGGUGACGGGGUGGAAGUGGUGGUGCUGGAGUCCCGUGCCAAUGCCAAAGGGGUGCGAGAAGAAGAUGCCCUGUUGGAAAACGGCAGCCAGAGCAAUGAAAGUGAUGACACCAGCACAGACCGAGGCCCUGAGCCUGCCUCGCCACUCAAAGAGACUUCCUUUUCCAUUGGGCUCCAGGUCCUCUUCCCUUUCCUCCUGGCAGGCUUUGGGACAGUUGCUGCUGGAAUGGUGCUGGACAUCGUGCAGCAUUGGGAUGUCUUCAAAUAUGUGACUGAGGUAUUUAUCCUGGUACCUGCGCUACUGGGCCUGAAGGGGAACCUGGAGAUGACUCUGGCAUCUCGCCUGUCUACAGCUGCUAAUAUUGGCCAAAUGGACACACCCAAAGAGCUCUGGAAGAUGAUAACAGGGAACAUGGCUCUGAUACAGGUUCAGGCUACUGUGGUUGGCUUCCUGGCCUCAAUCGCAGCAGUGAUAUUCGGAUGGAUCCCGGAUGGCCACUUCAGCAUUGACCAUGCUGUCCUGCUUUGUGCCAGCAGUGUGGCUACUGCUUUCAUUGCUUCCCUUGUUCUGGGCAUGAUCAUGAUUGGGGUCAUCAUUGGAUCCAGGAAGAUGGGGAUCAAUCCUGAUAACGUAGCCACACCGAUUGCUGCCAGCCUGGGGGACCUCAUCACCCUGGCUCUGCUUUCAGGAAUCAGCUGGGGCUUGUACAAAGAGCUGGAGAGCAAAGCAUACGUGAAUCCUUUAGUGUGCGCCUUCUUCAUAGCUCUGCUGCCCAUCUGGAUCAUCAUUGCCAAGAAGAAUGCAGCAACGCGGGAGGUGCUGUACUCCGGCUGGGAGCCGGUCAUUAUCGCAAUGGCUAUCAGCAGUGUUGGUGGGUUAAUUUUGGACAGAACGGUUUCAGAUCCAAACUUUGCUGGGAUAGCUGUGUUCACACCAGUUAUUAAUGGUGUGGGUGGCAACCUGGUAGCUGUGCAGGCUAGUCGCAUCUCCACUUACCUGCACAUGAGUGGGCUGCCUGGAGAGAGCUCCGAAACAGCCCCUCGCAAGUGCCCCAGCCCUUGCAGCACUUUCUUCAGCUCAGAUGUGAAUUCCCGCUCUGCUCGUGUGCUGUUUCUUCUGGUGGUGCCUGGACACUUGGUUUUUCUUUACACCAUAAGCUCCAUGCGAGGUGGACACACUACACUCACCCUGAUUUUCAUACUCUUCUACAUGACAGCUGCACUUCUGCAGGUUCUCAUCCUUCUGUACAUUGCUGACUGGAUGGUGCACUGGAUGUGGGGCAGGGACCUCGAUCCUGACAACUUCUCCAUCCCAUACUUGACAGCACUGGGGGACCUGAUUGGAACAGGUCUCCUUGCUCUCAGCUUCCACAUCCUCUGGCUCAUUGGUGACCGGGACUCCGAUGUGGGAGACUAGCUCUCCUCACUGCCCUUCUCCUUCUGACAGCUCUCCUCCUUCCAUUUUUUUUUGGUUUGUUCAUUUCUUUUCUUCCACCCUUGCUCUCCUUUGCUUCCUCCCAGUCUCUCUUGAGACUUCACCUUUGAUACUGGAUUCUCAUUAUUUUCAAUGGGAAUUUUUAUGUGGUUUAUAUUUCAAGCCAAGUUUGUACAGAAUAUAAAUCUAGUUUUAGGAAGGACAAAAAAAGUGUAAAGAGACAAUCACCAAGUGCAAUUUCAUAGCAGUUGUGUCCGAACCAGGCUACAGUAAAGAUACUGAUCAGUCAGAUCAUACAGGGAGCCCACCCUGUCCCAGUCACUAGAGGUGAAGGGCUGCUUUUUUCGCUUCAUAAGCGUUUUAAAUAUUGGAGGUAAAGUUCAGACUUAUUUUACUGAACAGGCACCUUCUAGCAAAGUACAACCUCGUGGAUGAGGGCACGGGGUAUCUCCUGUCUUCUCUACCCUGUUACCUUCCUCCCUUGUGUUCACUCUCUGAAUCCCCAUCCUGCGCCUAGCAUCCAAAGCAUGUGACCCUCCAAUAGAGGGACUAGCAAACAUAUGUGAAGAAGGGUGAAACACCCAUUUUCUGUGUGCUCACAAGAAAGGCAAGCAGUCUCAGGCUUGAGGAGUGCAGAGCCCUGAAAUCUGGCUGUGUGUGGGCUGGUCUUUGCUGACAGAUUUAGGUUGGAGAACAAAAGCUCUCUCAAAUACAGCUCCCUUUUGCCAACCAUCCUGCAGCAUCUGCAUCUCAGAAAUUACAAACUCCUUGUUCUGCCUCUCCCCAUCCUUCAUCUGCAGAUGGAAGGUGGUGAUCAGGGACUGAGUUCUUCUACUACUGUGUGCAAAAGGAUAUGCUCUGGGUUUUGUCUAAAGAGGCUGUGAGCUAGCCCCAUCCAUCACUCUUCCCCUGCUGCCUGCCAGUGCUCGGCUGAAGGAAGCAGAGAUCUGCUGGAGCUGUGAUGGAUUUUGUGUGCAGGGCUGUUAUGUGGGAAUCUCUCCUUUGUGCUGGAAUAGGCACAGCACUGUUUUCGUGGCAGCCUGUUUAGGAUGGAUGGAAAAAUAGAUCCUGUUUUUUGUGUUAAGACUUUUUUCCCCACAGUUGCUGAGUGCUGCUGAAGGGCCCAUUGCUGCGGGGAAGAGACCAUUCGGUAUCUCUCACAGCUAAGCCCGAGCCACUUCAAAGCUGGGAAUGUUAGGCUGUCGGUGUCUCUUAGAAAAGGACAUCCGUGUUCAGCCAUUGGCUGUAGCUGGUAUGUGAAGGUGCUAUCUGGGAAACGGGUCAGCCGCUGCAGCCUGAUUUCUGAAGUCUGAAGUUCAGUGCAGCUCUCUGUGCUGAACUGUAGCAAAGGAACCUGCUUGCCCGUGAGAAGGUUUGUGAAGUCUGGGGUCAGGAUUACAGCCUGGCUUGCAGGCAGUAGCUGAGUGCUGUGUAAGCGCAGGGCUCCCUGCUCUGUUACUUUCCCCUCUGCUUUUUGUGCUAUUCCUCUAGGAAUGAGAUGCAUCCUGGCUGAGAUGCAUUCUGUUAUCCUGCUAGUACACUUUGGAAGUACUUUCAUGCAGUCUGCAGCAGCAUAAUGAGAGAGAACCUGUUCUGGCUGUAUGAAUACGGCAUUUGAAAAUGGUCUUGCUGAAUGUUGUUGGCACUUAACACUUUAGCUUUCCCAUUUGGAUCUAAAAUGAUUCAAUAAACUGGAUGCAGCUUGGUGUAAGCAGGUCUGAUUGACUUGGAAACUUCAGCCUGUUACACCAUGUUUAAAUGAUAUGCUCAAGCAGAUAGCCUCAUUCAACAGGCUUUAAUGUAUGAAUGUAAAUUGAAUGCAUAAUUUGAAGUGUGUGCAGGGAAGCUCUUAACAUCUGUGAAGGAUGGAAAAACACAGUAUAUUGUGUGGAGCCUAAUUUCAGUGCUCCAGUACAAAAAACUUGGGGAGCUGCCAGUAACCUCCAAAACUCUGGGGAUGCCUGCAGUAUUCAGUACGGUAGCACCUGACAUCCUGAUCCCAAAAUAACAGCCAAGCUCUCGUUUUAGUUAGCUGCGCAGGCUGAGUGCUACAGUUCUGGUCCUGUUCUGGACACAGUGCCUGUCCUGUUUGUUUGCGGCUCCAGAGUAUAACCCUAAAGCUGCUGAAUUUGUGGUUGCCUGUAGGCUGCUGCUUCUCCUCUUCAUUUUUUUCUUUGUCUUAAGUGUGUUCCUCAUAGCAGAACAUGACCAUCCUUGAUUGGCUUAAUUUCCUCUUUUAGGUGAACUUCUGUAUUUCUCACACAGGCCUUAUAGAAACCAAUGCUUGUCAUUUUGCUUUCUGUCCCAGCAACACUGGGCUUCUGUGCUCAGAUGGAAAGAGAUGUAAUGUGGUGUUGGGCCUGCUGAUCAUCUGAAAUAAGGCCAGGUGGGAAGAUAUGUUUGUUACUCUGGACAAUGCAAGAACUAGCUGAGUUCUACAAAGCCCUGUGCAAGUGCAGCCAUUUACUUCUUAGGUGAGGAGAGUUUUUUGUUGGGAAUUGUUCCUUCCCUGCCCCCCCCCCCCAAAAAAAAAAAGAAAAAGAACAGGAAAGGCUGAGCUGAACACACCCUUCUAUGAUCCAAGUCAAAAACAAAUUUAGACUGAAAUUGGGUAUUGUGCAAACCCAGAGAUCUGGUUCCAGAGUUGAUCCUUACUCUGGAGAUGAGCGUGUUGGAAAGGAAGCUCAGGAUUAAUGGAAACCAGUUCUGAAAAAACAUGGAAACAGAUGCAUCUGAACCAAGCUGCAGUCAGUCUUUUGCCUACUCAAGAGCAGAUUGCUGAGGGACCACUGUUUAGCAAGUUGUAGAAGAAUCCCGUCAUGUUUCAGUAUGUGUAUAUUGAGUAUUCCUGUCUUUAAUGCCUUCCCUGGUUGUAGAAUUUGGGAGGCAAAGAUCUGAUACUUACCCUGUCCGAAUGCUGACUCUGGGAUCAUAAGAAGAGCAGGUGAUGCAUUUUCAGAUUGGUUUCCCCUUUCUACCUUACUAAUGUAGUGUAAGGAUUUCUUUCCCUUCUCUACCUUUGCAAUGUGUUCUUUUGUGACAUGAUCUCUGAACUUUACACUCUUCACCCUAGUGACCUGACUUCUCACAAAUCUAAUUUGGCCAAAGUAUUGUCCAAAAAAAUCCUAAAACAAACCAGCACCACCCCCAUCCCCCCAAACCGUACUGUACUGAAGUCUCAGCCUAGAGACUUCUGGAGUAUUCGCGCUUGCUCACCUGAUUUCUCUGCCUAAUGUUGAGGAAUAGAUUUGAGAUUUCCUUCCAUUAACACUUAAGCUGAUAUGUGAGAAAGUCUCCUGGUCUUUAGGUGUCACAUAUCUAGUUCCCCAAGAAAGGAUUUGUGCCAGAAGGAGAAUCUACCACUUGUGGUCUCAUCUGUAACAUGUAGGGACCCAGAGGUGAUUAAAAGUUGUCAUGCUGCUGGGGUGAUGCUGUACAAUUUUAUAAGGUCUAGGGUGUGUGUGUGAGGGGGGAAAUAGGUCAGGGAAGAUUCUAAUUUAAAUUUUCAGAAUAUUGAAGGAUGAAAACUUUUUCCACCGAUUGCACUCAAAUGCAUGCCUACUUUACAUCUGACUGCAAAUGAAAAAAUACUGGUUUACUCUUUUUAUUAAAGGAAAAAGACUGUCUUAAUUAUUUAUAGUUCCUAUAACUGAAUUGACAGAUGUCAACUUAACUGAUAAAUUAUAUUUGGUUAAAUAAAGAUGACAUUUAUUUA